UCAACAAAUGAGAAAACAAACAAAGCAGUUACCAGUAACAUGAAUACGUCUUUAACGUUCGAAGUUUUAUUAUACUUAAAUUCGUAUUAUUUUGGAUUAUUUGCCGUUUGCGAAAUUGGCAUGAAUAUAGUAAAGUACAUAAACUUUAGUAAUUUAGAACAUUUUUCUACUGAUUUCGGUAUUUUAAUGGCUGUUUGCGUUAUAGAACUGUUUAGAGUAAUUUUAGCUAGACGGGGGAAUCUGACUGAAAAAAAGUGGCCAGUUUUCAUAGCAAUUCUCCUAACAAUCCCCUCAUCAGUCGGCGUAAUUUAUAUAAUGAUAUGGCAAAGCGAAGUGCUACGUUUUGAAUACAUAAUCUGUGCUAUCCAAUUAGGUUUACAAAUUAUUGAAAUUGUAACAGGAAUUUUGUGUCUAUUGCCCUUUUGCAAGACGCCCGAGUAUUAUUAAGAUUAUUUAUAUUCAUUCCAUUUAUACUUGUAAGAUAAUAAACAAACCGUGCCAGUA